CCGGGAUAGUCGGUCGCCAUACUCGUGGCUCACGUUUGACCUUACGGACCAACAAAGUGACCCAGACCCAAGUGGUCAGGAAGACCCUGAUGGUGCCCUGACCCUCUACUUGUCUGUUGCCACAGCCUCUGCAUCCCAAGCUGGCUACUUCUGCUUUUAAGGGGCGUCGUCUUACAUCCUCCUCCCUACACUAGAGUCUUCAGCCUUUCAGGGCCCCCCUAGAACACUGCGGGGUGGUCCCCCAUGGGAGCCCGAGGCGUCGGACCAGAGGGGAGGGGCGCGCGGUGCUCCAAGCGCCCAGGGCCCGCCCGGCCUCUGACCCGCGCAGGCGCACAGGCGCGCUCCCCACUCCGGUUUCAUGGAUUCCCAGUCCAGCUGCGUGGUGGUGACCGGUUUUGGGCCUUUCCGGCAGCAUCUGGUGAAUUCUAGCUGGGAAGCGGUGAAGGAGCUUUCCAAGCUGGGCCUGAGGAGUGACCUGGGGGUGGAGCUGCGGAUUCUUCAGCUGCCAGUGGAUUACAGGGAGGUGAAGAAGAGGGUCAUUAGAAUCUGGGAAGAUCUUCAACCGCAACUCGCCGUGCACGUGGGCGUGGACCCCGCCGCCAAGGCCAUCUUUCUGGAACAGUGCGGCAAGAACAGGGGCUACCGGGACGCCGACAUCCGGGGCUUCCGGCCGGAGCACGGCCUGUGCCUUCUGGAUGGCCCGGAAGUGAUCGCGUCGGGGGUCAGUAUGAAGGCGGUCAGCCGGCGCGCGAGGGUCAAGGGCGUGGAGGUGGCUUUUUCCCGAGACGCGGGCAGGUAUGUCUGCGAUUACACCUACUACCUGUCUUUGCAUCAUGGAAAUGGGUGCGCGGCGCUUAUCCACAUCCCUCCAUUAUCUCGUUGGCUCCCGGCCAGCCUGCUGGGAAAAGCCCUGCAAGUCAUCAUCCAGGAAAUGCUGGAGGAGACCGAGAAAGCCCGGGCUCAGGGCCUGGUUCACGGGAAGCUCGGCCUGGGCGAUUUCAGCCAAGGGGAACUGAUAGGGGGACUGCUGCUUUAGAGAAAAUUAAAUGUUUCAAUCCCAUGUGUAGAGUUCAACUGUGCUUUGAGAGGCUUUUAAAAACUUACUUGUAAAACAGUUUACACAGAGGAAAAAAGUUUUGAAUUAGCCCAACGAAAUCACAAAGGGUUAUUUUAUUGUCAGAAGCAAGAAGACCACUCUGAAAGGCAGACAUUUCACAGGGGAUGAACUAGCUUCAGUUAUGGUUUUCCUGACAAUAAAAUGAAAUGCUGGUGA